UGACCGAACACGCAGUAGGCCACAGUUUGUCGAGUGAAGUCGCAGAAAGGUUUGUUUUUUCCCUGUUCCGGGCAGUGCUGUGCGUUCUGAGAAGUAACAAAAACUACAGCAAAAAGGUUUUGUAAGUGUUCGUCUAAAAUGUCGUGCGCAUUGUCAGCGACGCAUUGGUGAACGUUGUGCAACCGCAGUUGAUUCCCCGAUAAGGGGUGAAAAGGCAUAGAAUACUCCCAUCAACAUCCUGUCAACAUUCACCCGAUAUGGAAAACUUCGAACGCAUACUGGUCGAUGUUGACUGCAGCCGGUACGAGGAAGAUGCGUUUUCGUUGCUGGACAAAUCGCGCGAUGUCAACAUUGUGCGCGAUCUUCGUUCGUCCACCGUGUCGGCAUUCGAUCAGACGAGCUUUCCCCAGCUGAACAUCUCGUCUCGCACGCAGCUCAAGCAGCAACUGUUUCGCGAACAGAUCAAAAACAGUGAGUCGGGACCACGGUCCAUGGUGACCUCGCCGGGGCCCCCGGUGCUUUCCGUGCGGCUACCGCUGGAAAACAUUGACAUCGAGCUGCCGAAGAAGGUGCUGCAGGUGGAGACGAAGCUCGAGAACCCAACGCGCUACCACGUGAUCCAGAAGCAGAAGACGCAGGUGCGCGAGUACGUGACGGCGGCACUAAAGCUGACGAAGCAGAACCUUGUGCGGGAGUCAUGUCGCCAUACACGGCUCAUGAUACUCGGUCGGCUGUAUGAUUCGUUUAUCAGCACGAAACCGUCGCAGCAGUCGGGAGGUGGACAGGCGCCUUCUGUGGGAGGUGCCACCGGGACCACCGGACCCGGUAUUCCACCGCCCAACGGCGGACUGAAUGGGCAGGGCAAGGUGAUGAGUGCCUCCGGCACGUCCACCGUGUCCUCAAUGUCGACCGGUACACCAUCCGCAACGCCCACCAUGGAGCAGCAGCAGGAGUGGCGCCUGGAGAUGAAGCUAUCCUGCCGCUUCGGCAACAAACUCUACAAAACGUUCGUGGACGAGUUCGACUACGUCCGCGAUCUGCUCGGGCUGAUCCGGUUCGAGAUACCGAAGUGGGUGUUUGUGGUGUCCGAGUUCGAGGACGAGAUCUCGUCGUACGAGUGUAACCGGGCGGCCCGGGCCGCACAACAGGCGGCCGUCGCUGCUGUAGCCACCGAUCAGGAAUUCGUCGUACGGCCCCCACUGACCGGGGAGAAGGGUUCGAAGCACGAGAAGUUUAUCGAACCGGAGGUGCGUGACCGGAUCAAGAAGGACAAUCACAACUGCAGUAGGUAUUCGCGGUGGGGCAUUGUGCGCCCAUUAUCGAACUACUUGGUGAAGUUUUCACCGGAUUGUAACGUAUUUGCGAGGCAACUAUUUGGACGCACACUUAAUGAUGAUCACAACGGUUACUAGCAACUCAUCCAGAGCUUUUGUAUUUGAUGGUUUCUUGAAUUGUUUUACUAUUUUUAAGAAUUCGCGACUAAUGUUUUACUAGCGGCCAGGAAGCUUUCUUUCCGGCCAGCGGUGCGUUUUGUUCUGUUUUGUCACUCUCUUUUUGAAGGACAUUAGACGGAGGUCUUUCACUGGAGCCAGCGAGAUGGAGGCUGUGGCUUAGAUUCUCUGGAACUCUGUUUGGUUUCGCUCCGGACAGGUUGGGAUGGCUCUCACUGAUGAAGGAGAAGGUGCAUGUCCGGGUAGACGACAUCACGAAGCGGAGUUGGAGUUGAACUGAAAUUGUAAAUAAACCCCUC